GCAAUCUAGGUCGGAAGCACAAAUAAAUCGCCCAAAUAUGGGGUGAGGUUGCUUUCUCUUAACGAAGCAUAAUUGCCGCCUAUCAACUACCCAUCCAUGGAUCAACAAUCGCAAAAGCAAGCCCGGCAAGAGCUAGUCCAGUCCAUAAUUGAGCAUGGAAGCAAAGCUUUCAGCCCAGAGUCAAGCCCGGACUCCCGGGCUGAGGCGCAGAGGGUAUUCAAUGACCUAAUUCAGAGGACACGUACGCUCCCACUCAUGUCGGCAUUGAACCUCUUGAUCCGUCCGAAUCAUUCACCACCAUGGCUGCGAUCUAGACUGGUGGAGAUUCUCACCACUCUGCCCUUGCGUGCUGAUGGUGUGCGGGGGACAUUGGAAUUCGUCUUUGCCGUCCAUCCAUCUAGUACCGUGAGGACAUCAGAAGCAGCAGCUCCGCAGAAGCAAGGAGCGAAUAUAACUCAUGAGGCACUUUCCUUGGCAUCUCAUCUGCUCUCAAACCCGCCAUCGUCAGUGACGCCAGAAACCUGGCUCUCGGACGUCUCGCCGCAGCUCUUGACUCUGUUAGAUGGCGAAGAUGGCACCGAUCUAACCAAAGUAGCGGCCUACGUUAUCGGGUUUGGAAUCCUUGGUCGCAAAGACCUUGGGGCACCAGGCUCCCCUGGAUGGCGAUGGCUUGCAGAACCGAUGUUGAUGCAAAUAAACCCAUCAAUUGGUGCCGGUUGCGGCUCAAGUGAUGCGAGUAUGGACUCGAAUGAGAUCAUUGACUUGAGCAAAGACCGUAUCCUUGUUUCAUCCGCCAACUUAGACAGGGCCAUUCGCCGGUUACGGUCUCUUAUCGUUUCUCACCCUAACCCGGGACUUUGCAAAAGGCUCCUUCGUCCCUUGCUACUUUCUCUCUGGGCGCUUUCCUCCUGGCGGAAUGCUGGGAAGCAUGCCCAGGAGCAGGUCUGUCAACCAGCAAAGGAGCUCCUAGAAAUCUACCUGAAGCUUGCAUCUUCGCCAGGAAUCUUUGAGCGGAUCAUCCGAAAUAUAGCCUAUACUGGCGGUGAAGGUAAGGUGAAGCCAACCUGGAUGUAUCAAUCAGCGGCAGAUGGUGGACUGCACAUUGUGGCAGCCGGUGAAACAUCAGGAGCCAAUGGAUCAACCAAACAGGUUUCGCUGGAAGACUUGGAUACUAAAAUACCCGCGCUACUUGAUCUCCUCGAUUCGACCGCUUCUGACCUCGACGUCUCUUCGGUUUUCCUCGACCUCUUCAAACGGUGGCUGAAAGCAGGCCAGCGAGUUGAGACGGACGACAUUUUGAUCAAGGAAAGGGUUGCCGACGAAGAUCUAGAUCCGAUGGGACAGCUGGCUGAGAUCCGAAUGCUGCAAAGAAUGAUUGAGAGAUUUCCCAACAAGCUUGUGAGCAGGUCUGAUCACGCUCUUGAGCUUGUCAGUCAGGUGCUCGGCAACUCCAGAUCUACGACCGAGGACGACGAGAGCACCCCGGUCGCGCUGAGUAUAUUGAACCUGGUCAUCACGGCACCGAGCUUCCGAAAGUCAAAGAUGGAUGCCGAGGUUAUUCGCCGCCUCGAGUCUGCGCUGGAUCGGCUCGCGACUGGGGGCGAUGGCGACGUGGCCGGAACAGCAAGAAAUCUUUCUCUCUUGCUACGAUAUCGAGACGAGGCUGAAGAGCUGACUGGUAGCACCUCAGCCCCUUCAGACCGCCAGAUCGAGGACCGCAAAACAUAUAACCUUGCGAUCUCAUAUAUAACACAGACCGACUCGCCUCCACCAGUACGUUCCGAGGGCUUAAGCCUGAUCUCAACACUCGUCCAGGCCCGCAGUCCAGUCCUCGACAUACCAUCCAUUCUCGUUCUCCUGUCGUCUCUUUUGAACGACAGCGAAGACUAUAUCAACCUCAGAGUCAUCAAGAUAUUCACGCAGCUUGCAAAUAAUCACCCCACGUCAGUGACCAGGGAAUUGAUUGAUCAUUUAGUGGAUACGAACGAGAUGGCCGCCGUAGACACUCGUCUUCGGUUUGGAGAGGCCUUGGCACAGGUAGUCGAGCGUCUGGGUCAGAUCUUUGCCGGAGACAUAGCCCAGCAGGUGGGACAGGCCUUGCUCGCCACGGCUGGACGGCGGGGACACCGGCCGAAGACGGAAGCGAAACAGGCCAAAGAAGAACGGCGUCGCAGGAUGAAACAUCGCGAGGCUGAAGAAGCAUGGGAAGGAGAAGUUCCGGACCUCAGCGAAGACGUAACCGAGGAAGAGAGGGCAAGAAACGAGAUCUUGGCCAGGAUUGUGGAAGGGUGGGAGAGCAAAAGGGGUACCGAGGACGUUCGUAUUCGGGUUUCUUCGUUGUCCAUCUUUGCAAUUGCGAUGGAGACGAACAUUGGCGGGCUAGGCUCAACGCUGGUAUCUUCAGCUGUCGAUCUCUGCGUCAACAUCCUUACCAUGGAAUCCGAGAUGGAGAAGGGCAUACUUCGGCGCGCGGCAAUCUUACUGAUCCUAGGCUUUGUCAAAGCCCUCGACCAGGCAAGGCAAACGGGCCGCCGUUUGGGAUUCGGGUUGACAACCCAGAGCCGAGAAGAUAUCUUGAGGAUAUUGAACUAUGUGGCCGACACGGACAGCGAUGGGCUUGUGAGGCAGUACUCCAGAGAUGUCGUUGAGAGCUUAGAGAAUUGGGAAAUCGCGAAUCUCUUGCCAGAGAACCAGACUCAAGGACCAACCCUCACGAGAUUGGCCGGCCUGUCGGUCAACCCAGACAUCUCGAACAGUUCCGGCAUAGGGAACAGGCCGAGGAUAGAAGAGAUAGAGUAGUGUAAAUUGGUUAAAUUGACAUCCCUUGCCACAA